AUGAACCGUGGCGUUUGCCUGUGCGUGCUGAUGGCGGUACUCGCUGCGGGGGCCCUGACGCAGCCGGUGCCCCCAGCUGGUGCCGCAGGCUCCGGGGUGCAGAGGGCAGAAGAGGCGGCCCGAAGGCAGCUGAGGGCUGUGCAGAGAACAGACGGGGAGCCGAGAGCGCACCUGGGCGCACUGCUGGCCCGAUACAUCCAGCAGGCUAGGAAAGCUCCCUCUGGCCGCAUGUCCAUCAUUAAGAACCUGCAGAACCUGGACCCCAGCCACAGGAUAAGUGACCGGGACUACAUGGGCUGGAUGGAUUUUGGCCGGCGCAGUGCUGAGGAAUAUGAAUAUCCUUCUUAG